GCAUCACUUCUUUUGAGAGUGUAAUGCCUGAAGAACUGUCUCUGCAAAAAGGAGAACUUUUCCAGGUGCUAAACAUUGAAGACAAGUUGUGGGUGUAUGGAUGUGGGGGUGAUGGAAGCCAAGGCAAAGUUCCUGCCAGCUGUAUUGUUGCAGCUGAUCUGUCAGCUCUGCUGCCUCCUUCAGAGCCCCAUGAGCAGCUGCUGGUGGUCAUUGCUGACUUUACUGCUCAGGAGGAGGGAGAUUUGUCUCUCAUGAAAGGCCUUCUUACAGGAACGGUGGUGGUAGGAUCUGAAUCCUUGGAUGACAGCUGGUGGAGAGGAAGAGCUUAUGGCAAGGAAGGCAUCUUCCCUGCCAACUUUGUAUGGAGUGUCAACCGAGAACUUCUUCAGGGCGAUGUCUGCAAGGAGAAGAAAAUCAGUAAGCUGGGCCGAGUGUUGCAGAGCUUCACGCCGCAGCUGGACGAGGAGUUGCUGCUCACACCAGGCGAUGUGGUGCACAUAACGCACCAGCUCGAGGGGGACUGGUUCAGAGGGAAAUGCCGGAACAACAUUGGUAUUUUUCCAGCCAAUUUUGUAGAGAUCACAGACCACCAUUAUACUGCCCCAGAACAAAACACGGAGCAUUUCAACAGCGUUAACUCAGCACAAACUUCUACUCUUCCUGGUAAACCAACUUCUCGCAUCUUUGGAUAUUCUUCCUCUGAAUCCACUAUGCAUCCCAACGACCCUGUUGUCAGCAUCCCUCCUAGCCUGGAAUUGGAUAAUCAAUUUCAGAAUCAACUCGGUGGAAAAAAUUCUACUUCGUCUGAUGUCAGUGAAAAUGUAGUAUCUAGUUUCACAAUCCCAAAGAAUAUCGCGUACGACGCAAAUGCUCCAGCCGUGCUCUCGAGAAUAGAAACCUCUUGGAAAGAAUCAAAUGAUGAAAACGAUAUUUUUGACGACGAUUACUUCAAAGUGAACAUGCCGAGUUUAUAUCAAGCAAACUCUAAAUCUGGGGCAUACUCUUCCAACACCGACCAGCCUAAGGCCCAAAACGCGCCUCUGUCACGUCAGAUGUUUGCCCAAAAUUCUGAUAAUUUACGCAGUUCCUUGACCAGGAAAGUUGACGAGUAUUUUGAUCACAGAAGUCCUCUACGACCAACGCUCUCAAGUAACACUAAUAGAGGAGUCGUUAACUCCAACAGAUACGACCACGAGGUGGACGAGAUGCUGCAGACCGGCUACACGGAAGACAACACGGGCAUCAACCCGUACGCUAAAGCCGUGUACGACUUCAGCGGCCAGUAUCCUAAUGAGCUCAGUUUCAGGAGGGAUGAGAUCAUCCACCUCCUGAAGCACGUUGACUCUCACUGGACUCUAGGCAUGAUCGGGACCGAGCGUGGCAUCUUCCCUACCUCGUACGUGGAUAUCAUUGUAGACUGCGUGGACGGACCCGUCGAAAGUUUCCUGCUACGACCGUCCAGUGCCACGGAGGUGCCCAUCAUGGAAGGCUGGGCCGUUGCUGAGCAUAGCUACGUUGCGCAGGAGAAGGGCGAUGUUUCCGUGGUUCAGGGAGAGACCCUCAAAGUCGUCGAAAUAAUCGAUGAAAAUUGGGCCAUUGUUGAAACUCAAUCUUUACAGAGUGGCAUGUGCCCAAGGAAUCACUUCCGUAUGUUGUCUGCAGAACAAAUAUGUAAUAUCGAGGAGCAAAGAGAUAAUUUUAAUGAUAAGAGUGAUCCUUUAUCUCUGCCAGGGGACACUUUAUCAAAUUCUAAUCUGCCUCGUAGUGGUGAUUUGGAAGUCAAUUCAUCAUUAAAUUUUGACGAUAUCGGUGUAGGAGACAUGCAUUUGAACUUCCGGAAAAGUGAAACAAAUGGAAAUAAUGUCAACCUCGUCAGCAUCGACGCAUUGAAAGCAAAGCGCGUGUACAGCAAAGACGAUUUCGGUCCCAUCAAAUCUAAAGCAUUGGAUGACGAGCUUAACAAAAAUAUUUCUUCUUUAGACCACAGCUUUCCGCUGCGUCCAAGUCGAGUUAAUAGAACCGUGUUUACAAGUUCCACUUCUUCCGAGAAAGCGGAAUCGCCAUCUCUUCGUAAUUUUGGUUCAAGUUCAACGCCUUCACCUCCGCUAAGCGACGUUGCUUCAAUGACUGAAGGAAAUAAGCCUUCUCGUCCCCCUUUGCCUUCUCGGGCAUCUCUAAAGAUGAGAAGUAGUGCUGAUGUUUCCCAGUCAAUGUCCGACAAAAAACUUCAACCUUUAUUGCCACACCCUAAAGAAUCACCCAAAACAUCAACGCGUCCGCAUGCUAAUUUAACUCGUCAAGGCGCUUUACCCGAACAAGAAACCUCUGAAGACGUAGCAAUACGUCAUGAUCUUCUCGAUUUAUCUGAUGAUUCGAAAUCUCUCUUGCAAACUGCACCGAUGGGAAGUGAAGUUAUGAUUGAUACUUUACUUGAUGACCUCAAACACGAUAUUCUUUCGAGCAACGAUCAAUCGCUCUUUACGAAACCAUCUCCGGCUUGUGAACAAAACUUAACUCAACUGCCUUCCGAAAGUCAAACCCUAGCAAGUAAAGACGAAAAUUUGGUUUCCGGAUCUAUAAUAGGUAAGUUAGUGACUGAUAUCCCGGAGAAUUCAUCAAUACAUGACUUGAGGUCUGCAGACAAGAGUGCCACCGUCGACCAUCAAACCCCCUCCUGCACCGCCAAGCAAGCCCCCGCAUGUGACAGCUCUGGCGCGCCCCAGCAUGCGGCGAACGUUGACAGCGCAGAAUUUCCGCGUGACGUCACCCACCGUGCAGCAGCUCGAGCGUCUUCUGUGUUGGUCCCUCUGAGGCCUGCACCUCCGCCUCCUUCUUUGUGCCGGGCAGCCAGCCUGCCGGCCACGCGGUCGCUGGGGACCACUAGCGGGGUGGGUCUCACCCAUCGCUAUGAUGACGUGGCUCCUGACGCAGACAUGCUCGGUCUGGAGCCUCCCUCUACUGCUGCUGGGGACGUGGCUGACCUCUCUGUCUCUGUUCCCGCAUCAGAAGAAGAAGAAAAAAAUAACGCAGACUCAGAAGCUGCUAAGGAGAAGCGGUCGGUGUUGAGACGAGAGCUGGUCCAGGAGCUGCUCACUACAGAGGUGGAGUUCAUCCACGACCUCGAGGCGCUCGUGCAAGUCGCCCGCACCACGGCGACCCAUGCAAAGCAGGCUGGGGUAGACCUACCAACGCUCAUGGGCAACGUCAAGCAGAUAAUAUUAGCAGCGAAGCAGCUGCAGAAGAGCUUGCAGAGCGUCUCUUUCAACAGUGACGACGAGCUCGACAUCGGCGCUGUGUUCCUGGCCGAGAGCGACAGCCUCUGCGACGCCUACAAGACAUACUGCGCCCACCACACCACCGUCGUCGANAGCUCUCGGUGCCAAAAUCUCUUGAAAUAUCAACAGAUAAUAUUAGCAGCGAAGCAGUUGCAGAAGAGCUUGCAGAGCGUGUCUUUCAACAGCGACGACGAGCUCGACAUCGGCGCUGUGUUCCUGGCCGAGAGCGACAGCCUCUGCGACGCCUACAAGACAUACUGCGCCCACCACACCACCGUCGUCGAGCCCCUGCUGUCUCAGUACGGACAACACGGAGUGAAGCGGAAAUACAUGGAGCAGGUGCUGAAGGAGCUGCAGCAGCACAAAAUACAGCUGCUUGACAUGCGUUCAGUGCUCAUCAAGCCUGUCCAGCGCAUCCUCAAGUACCCGCUGUUUUUGGACCGGCUGCUCUCCUACACGCCGCCCGGGGAGCCGCAACACGACCAUCUCACGGCCGCCACGCAACGCAUGGCUGACGUGGCCAACGCUGUCAACACGCACACCAGGCGCAUGGACAUUGUUCGCAAGUACGGCAGUCAGGGCAGCAGCGGCGCCCCCGAGGCCGCGGUUGCUGGGGGAGGCCGCAUGGGUCGCCUGUCCCUGCACUCCAUCGCCAAGAAGAGCGCUAGGGUCACGUCACGCCUCUCUGCCUCCCUCGGCCUCUCCACCUUGCCUGAGGACGUACACAUGACGACCGUGAUUGCCGAGUACCGCGCGGUGUUGACUGACGUGGCGACGCUGCAGCAGCAGGCGCACAAACUGCAGCAGCUCCUCUCUCUCAGACACAAAUCUGAGCUGGCCCUGACCGAGGGUCUGGCAGAGUGUCUGCUGGCAGGAGAGGGACUGCCACGUCACUACCAGGAUGUGCUGGAUCAUGUCAGGACCGCUGCCAGAGAAGUCUGCAACAACGUCAUCCCUCCCUUUGAACGCACAAUGAACGAGAUGGUGCAAGUGCCGCUGCAAACCGUAUUGUCCCUCACCAACACAACUGAGCGGCUGCUGGUGAAACGUGAACACAAACUACUGGACUACGACCGAGCCCAGCACAAGAUGGACCGUAACAGGGACCCUGGCCGUACUAGGGUGUUGGAGGAGGAACUGCUUCGUGCGCGCAGUGACUACGAAGCACUGCAUUGCCAACUGCUGGAGGAACUGCCACAAUUUAAUGCCUCAGCGUCAGCUAUACUUGGCAACUGCCUCACUGCCUUCUUAAGCGCCCGCACUCUACUGCACGGCAGGCUCGCUAAGAAGUACUGCACCCUGAAGCAGAACGUUGCAGGCGGCGAGGUGGCCGCUGAAGGGCAGUGGAAGGCGGCGUGCGAGAAGCUCUUACAGCUCAAGUUUGUUGCUGAUGGACAUUUCAGCUUCAGAGCGACAUCUGUCAACCCUCCUGCUGCUGCUGAUACGAGAAAUAUGCCGCAACAGCUCCAUGUGGAUGAUGGGGAGCGUACUGGGUUCGUUCGUUCAUCCGUGCUUGCUCCGUACCAUGAAGUUGAAUUACGAGCUCAACAAACGGUGCCAUCCGCCAGCACCUUGCCUCAUCCACCCUCUAGAGCCUCAUCCAAUCCUCCAAAAUAUGAGGACCUUUUCCCCGCCAUGUCCUCUCUCCCUCCUGGUCACCGUCGGUCCGGGUCCGGUACUCAGAUGAGAGGGACCGUUGCCGGUGCCUCCUAUCCCAGUGCACUCGUGGAAGUGGUUCCAGCUGCCCCCCUACAUUACGGUACCAAGGAUGGCAGUCCCGGGGAACAAAUGCCAGUUCUAAGACCGAGAUCCUCCAGCGACUUUGGGUCUUCAACUGUCGCUGGCGCCCGAGCGAAACUGUAUGGAGUUGUCCCAGCUGUCGAAGGUGAUGUAAACUCUCCACCUCAUGGCUUUGGAGGAAAAACUGGAAGAAGAUCUCUGCCAUCGGCCGAUGUUAGGAGAUCCCCAAGAAAGUCUGUUCCGUCCAAUGAAGGAACAGAAGCUUCAAGAACUAUGGCCCCAGGCCCAGUGAAUGACUAUAGUGAAUCUGAAGGAGGAGGUUAUGAUGACCCAGAAGACGCGGCCAGCGAAAAUAUUUAUGAAGAGUUAAAGACGGAUCCUGCCAGCAGCCACGCGUACGAAGAGAUUCCUGAAGGAGGCGUCCAGAGUGAAGACCGCGCCACGUGUGCUGAAGCCUCCGAUGACGAGAGCUCAUCUGCUGCCUAUGCUGAGUUCUUCUACGCCUUGUACAAGUUUGGCGGAGAGAGCAGCAGCAACCAGCUGUCGUUGUAUGAAGGACAGGUGGUACUGCUGCUGGAACCUGCUGCCAGAGACGGCGCUCAACCAUCUGCCAGAGACUGGCGCUACGUUGAGAACAGACAGGGAGAGCGGGGCUACGUGCCUGCCUCUUACUUGGCUCCUUACUCACCUUAAUGCUUUCUACUUGAUUUUGUGUGCAUGUUUUUCUGCCGUAAUUAACAAGUUAUAUGCCUGUAAUUGCAGCAACAACUACUUAUUAGGCAGGUUUCAAGAACUCGGUCAAGUUCUUGCC